AACUAAUCUUAGCAUUGGCUAGAGAAUGUGCUAAAUAUCUUGAAAUUACUGAGAUGGAUGCUGGUGAUGUUAAGAAAAAAGGUUGUGGAUGGUUCUCAACUUGGAGAGUGCGAUUGUAUGACAGAUGUACUGAGAUGGCAUUUGAUUUUUUAGACCGCUAUAGAAAAAAUAUUGACCGCACUGUUUAUAACAAUGCUACAAAAAUUCAACAGACAGAAUGGCGAAGUACUAUAUUGGUUGAUUUACAUGCUCUUGAUUGUAUGACUGUUGAUGUACACAUCAUUUCUGAAAGUGGAACAACAUUGGCACAAGAUAUAAAUAUUCAUAGUUAUAUGAAUUGGUAG